UCACAUAAUUCACAUUAUAUUUUUAUAGGAUAUGAUUUCUUCGUGUUGUCCCAUUCUAUGCGUAUAUAUUGUCCUCCUUAUCCUUGGGACCCAUGAGCAUAGCAUGCACAACACAGCCCAAUCUACAAAGUAGAUGAGGUAGGUUAGGUAGCUGUUAUGGUUAUGGUAUGGUACUACCCCAAUCUCUCAAUAAAACAGUCGCCAAUCAAUUAAAAGCAAUGGACGCUGUCCUCUUCCUCCUCUUCCUCGUAGCGCCUCUCCCCGCCUCCGCCGCAGUGGAAUCUCCGACACCUGCGGCGUGGCCGCUCCAGUUCCACUCCAUUUUGUACGUGAACUACAGCGGAUCACUCAGCCUGAUCGACCUCUGGUACGACUGGCCCAACGGCCGCAACUUCAACAUCGUACAAGACCAGCUCGGCUCGCUUUUGUACGAUCUCGAGUGGAAUAACGGCACCUCUUUCUUCUACACUCUCGAUUCCACCAAAAAGUGCAGCUCCGCGCAGUUCGAAGUCGGAAUUCUUCGCCCCGAUUGGCUCGACGGCGCCGAAUACCUCGGCCAGGAGACUGUCGAUGGCUUUCUCUGUAAUGUGUGGCAGAAGCUUCAUUUCAUUUGGUAUUACGAGGAUGUCGUCACCAAGCGCCCUGUUCAUUGGGUUUUCUACACCGGAAGAUCAAUCCAUGUAAUGACUUUUGACGUGGGAGCUGUGCUUGAAGACGAGAAGUGGCAGGCCCCUGCAUAUUGUUUCGAGAAGAAAGAAAUUCAGACUGAUCUUAGAUCUGAGUACAAAGUCAAUGUUGGUUACUUGGAACCUCAACUUAAAGGGAUUCUGGGAGGGACAAUGCAGCUCUAGAUGUAAUGUUGCUCAUAAUACUUCACUAUCUAUUUUGUCCUCUUUUUCUGAUUGUCUGAAAGAUCCUACUGUUCUAGCUUGAGCAAGAGCUUGCGAGUGGUGCCUACCGCACUCGUGCAUUCUCCAUUCUUUGUGCCUGUGAAGAAAUAUCAUUUGCAUGUGUCUGGUAGAUGUUAGCUUCUCGUGGAGCAAUAUUUAGUGGCUUCCACCUCUUAAUGAUAGAUAGUACUGAGGUUGUCAAAUGACUGAUCUAUAUUUCAUCUAAUUUACUUGGAAUGUUCCAAA